CUCCCCCUCUCCCCCAGUACAGAGACGCACAAACUACUCUCUUUCUCUAUCCGCCCUUCCCCCCAUCUGACAAACCUUCAUGGCCACCGCAUCUUCAGCCUCGCCGCCUCUGGCCCCUGCAUCUUCUUUCCGCCGGCGCUCGCAUUUCUUCGGCCCCUGCCACACUCCCACCUCCACCUCUCGCCGACCCAGUUCCCAUUUCAGCUCCCUCAGCUACCAUUUCUCCUCUGCUGCGUCAGUAAAUGCCCGGAAACGGUUGACGUGCAAGGCAGCUGAGGUUUCCGUGGCGGAGGACGAGCCUUCCUCGUCGUCCUCGUCUUCUUCACCGGGGGGCGGCCGCAGAGGCAGCGGCGUCGCCGGCGAGAACUGGGUCCCGGUGGUGCCCUUGUCCGCGCUUCCCAAGGGGGAGAGGCGUGUAAUUAUACAGGAUGGGGAGACGAUACUGCUGCUGUGGUACAAGGACCAGGUCUUCGCCAUCGAGAACAGGUCCCCUGCUGAGGGCGCUUACAGCGAAGGUCUGCUCAAUGCCAAGCUCACUCAGGAUGGCUGUAUUGUUUGCCCGACGACUGAUAGCACGUUCGAACUCAUGACUGGUGCGAUAAAGGAAUGGUACCCGAAAAAUCCCGUACUACGAGUCCUGACCCCGGCCCUGCGGUCGCUGUACAUUUAUCCCGUGAAAACCGACGAAGAAAAUAUCUACAUCAACAUGAGAGGGAGUGUGAGAUCGGAUGCAUCCACAGAGAUUGUCUUCAGUGGGAAAGCUCAGCCUGGUCUCACCGCAGCUGAUGUCAAUGUGGAUGAGGUGAGAAUGGUGGUUGAUGAGGACCAAGAGGGAUUCGGUUUCACCGGGAAGAAUGAACUGAUCAAUGGCAAAGCAGCAGUGAUCGGCUUCCUUCUGCUGUUAGACUUCGAACUCUUGACCGGGAAAGGCCUUCUCAAAGGAACGGGGUUCCUCGACUUCCUGUACGCUGCCUCAAAUGCUUUCAAGUAAAUGCAAACAGUCCAUCGUCAGCAAAGUUCAUCCAUUGAUUCGUGUGAAGGGUGAACUGAAACAUAAUACGUCCUGCAAUUUGCAUCUUUGGAGUCCUCUUCUCUUCCCUCAAAAGUAUGUGUUAGGAAUGAUGCGAAGUAGUAGUUUAUACAAUCUGACCCGCAUGAUAGCCUCGACCAAGUAUGUUCUUUUUCCAACAAUUCUGUAAUACUCGGUGUUGCGGUAUCGAAGAACAGUUGGGUUUUCGCGCUCUCUUACCCGAAUAUUUGCUCA